CGGAACGUUAGGACCUAGCAGGACUCGCCUUAGCUUCAGCCAGUAUCAGCAGCCUCCAUGCGCAAGCAGCUUGAUCCUCGUAUACCUGUACUAAUUAACAAUAAUGUCAAGAAAAAUCACCGGUCCUUCAUAGUUUUGGUCGGUGAUAAGGGAAGGGACCAGAUCGUGAAUCUCCACUUUUUGCUUUCACAAGCGCGCGUAUCAGCACGCCCUUCAGUACUAUGGUGCUAUAAAAAGGAUCUUGGUUUCACCGCGGCACGAAAAAAGCGAGAGGCGAAAAUCAAACGGGACGUGAAGAGAGGUGUGCGGGAGGCAAACGAGCAAAAUCCAUUCGAAAUUUUUGUGACUGUCACAGAUAUCCGUUAUACCUAUUAUAAAGAGUCGCACCGUAUAUUGGGAAACACCUAUGGAAUGUGCAUUCUGCAAGACUUUGAGGCAAUCACGCCCAAUCUCCUGGCACGCACUAUCGAGACGGUAGAGGGCGGCGGAUUAGUGGUGCUUCUCCUAAAAACAAUGUCAUCGUUGAGGCAACUGUACACUCUUACCAUGGAUGUACAUGCCAGAUAUAGAACCUCAUCUCAUGAUUCGGUAGUUGCGCGAUUUAACGAACGGUUCAUUCUCUCCCUGGGAUCUUGCUCGGACUGCUUGGUUUUGGAUGAUGAACUGAAUGUCUUGCCCAUAUCUAAAGCCAAGGAUAUCAUACCAAUUGAAGAGGAGCGCGGGAAGGGUAAGGCAGACUCCGAGCUCAAGGAUCUCAAGGAUAGUCUGGCAGACACGAAACCUGUGGGCGAGCUCGUAAAACUCGCCAAAACCAUAGAUCAGGCUCAAGCUGUUCUAACCUUUGUUGAUGCGAUUGCCGAGAAGACACUCUCAUCCACCGUCACGCUCACCGCUGCUCGAGGUCGCGGCAAAUCUGCGGCACUAGGCUUGGCAAUCGCUGCCGCUCUCGCCCAUGGAUACUCAAAUAUUUUUAUUACGAGUCCCAGUCCAGAAAACUUGAAUACGCUUUUUGAAUUUAUCUUCAAGGGUAUGGAUGCUCUCGGUUACGAGGAGCACUUGGACUACGAUAUUGCACAAAGCACGAAUCCAGAGUUUAAUAAAGCCAUCGUCCGCGUAAAUGUGUUCCGUCAGCAUCGUCAGACCAUUCAGUAUAUCCAACCCGAGGAUGCGCACGUUCUUGGUCAGGCCGAGCUAGUUGUCAUCGAUGAGGCAGCUGCCAUCCCUCUUCCCCUUGUCCGCAAUCUCCUGGGCCCGUACCUUGUUUUCAUGGCAUCGACCAUCAACGGAUACGAGGGCACAGGUCGCUCUCUUUCUCUCAAACUUAUUCAACAACUCCGUGAAAGUACCCGACCUUCACUCACAAAAGAUGCUGUUGCGCCUGUUGAAGAUGGCGCUACUGCCUCAACCUCCAAAAAGCCCGCGCGCUCCGCUGCCCCUAAAGCUCGAACCCUUCGUGAAAUCAAGCUUGAAACACCUAUCCGAUACUCUGCUGGCGAUCGCGUCGAAAAAUGGCUCAAUGGCCUUCUUUGUUUAGAUGCAACGAUCGUACCAAAGGCCGCUCAACAGGGCUGCCCGCACCCUUCUUCGUGCGAGCUGUACUAUGUCAGCCGAGAUACACUCUUUAGCUACCACCCUGCAUCAGAGGUGUUCUUGCAGCGCAUGAUGGCGUUGUAUGUCGCCAGUCACUAUAAAAAUCAACCAAAUGACCUCCAGUUGAUGUCAGAUGCCCCAGCGCAUCACCUUUUCGUGCUCCUACCCCCCAUAGCAGACGACGAGUCUCAUCUUCCGGAGCCACUUGUCGUACUGCAAGUUGCACUGGAGGGGAAUAUCAGCAAAGGCGCCAUCAUGGAUGGCUUGAGCCGCGGUUUGCGAGCAGGAGGUGACAUGAUCCCUUGGCUUGUCUCCCAGCAGUUCCAAGAAAGCAAAUUUGCGCUACUCUCUGGUGCCCGGAUUGUACGGAUCGCAACCCACCCUGAUUACGCAAAUAUGGGGUAUGGAUCCCGCGCCCUGAAGGCGCUAAAUUCUUUCUAUAGUGGAGAGUAUUUCAACCUGGAUGAAGCUAUUCCUGCCGAACCCUCCUAUCCAGAUGCGGCCGCGCUAGAUCCGGGAACGGAUCUUCAAACGGAUUACCCCAGAGUGCGCGCUCCUGAGGCGAUGCCCCCACUUCUCCAGAGAUUAUCAGAAAGGAAACCUGAAUCGUUGGAUUACCUUGGAGUCUCGUAUGGGUUAACGCCCCAGCUUCUCCGCUUUUGGAAGAGGGCUGGAUAUGUACCAUUAUACGUCCGUCAAACGCAAAGUGAGCUGACAGGAGAGCACACGUGUGUUAUGGUCCGGGGACUUAACAGUUCUACGGAUGGCGAACUUGAAUGGAUGGGCGAGUUCUCGAAAGAUUUCAGGCGGCGGUUCCUAUCCCUGCUCUCUUUCAAGUUCCGUGAGUUUGGCACCGUCACUGCGCUUAGUGUGCUCGAGGCUGCGAAUGUGGGCGUAAAGAAGCUCGAUGGAGAGAAGUCGCGAGCUGUUGGAUCGCCAGAGCUCUCCAUCCUGAUGUCACCAUUUGACUUGAAGCGUCUAGAGUCAUAUGCCAACAACAUGCUUGAUUAUCAUGUUAUCCUCGACCUACUCCCAGCAGUAGCUUCUUUGUAUUUCGAAGGGCGGUUAGGAGACGAUGUAAAGUUGAGCGCAGUUCAGGCCUCUAUUCUACUUGGUCUCGGUCUUCAACGAAAAACCAUCGAGGAAGUCGAGGGCGAGCUAUCGCUGCCGGUUGCACAGGCACUAGCUUUGUUUGCCAAGGUUAUCCGCAAGAUAACAAAACACCUUGUCGACAUCCAGAAGGCUUCGAUUGGCGCUGAUAUCCCGUUGGCCUUGCCAACCACGACUUUACGUGUUGGGGACGAUGGCGAGCCUACGCAGUGGAAACCUGUUGACACAAACAUCGAAGAUGAGUUAAACGAGGCCGGCGACGAAGCAACGAAUGCGCUUCGUGAAAAGCAACGCCAGAUGAUCGACUCUUUGGAUCUGAGCAAGUGAGUGUGAUUGUAUUCUCCAUGUGCUGCGGGUAUGGAUUGACGGACUCGGGCAUCUAUAAUGUGAUUUAUGAUCGUGCUUCAUAGGUAUGCUAUCAACGAUGGCGGCGCAGAUUGGAGUGUCGCUGAGUCGAGGCUUGCAAAGGGAGGAGCUACUGUCAUUAGUGUGAAGACGACGGAACCUAUCGCUGGCAAGAAGCGGAAAGCGGAAGGUGGAGAUGAGAAGGACAAAAAA